AUGUCUCACGCUGAGCUUUGUGUAUUUGCAAUAUGCGUCUUCCCUUUGCUUAAUCAGAACUUCUCAGUUGAAGAGCAGGCAUCUUUAGUCUGGAAGCUUUUAUGCAGCAUCCCAACAAGUGUAGUGGCUAAGUUCCUCCCCUGGUUGUCAUCCUCGAUUUCGCCUGAUAAAUAUCAGGAUCUGCACAAGUGCUUGAGCAAGAUAGUACCAGAGGAGAAGCUUCUCCAACAGGUCAUUUUUUCCUGGAUGGAAGGGAAAGACUCUCCGGCAAGCAUGAUAUCUCCUAAAAAAGAUGGAGCAUAUUCUGUAUCUGAGUUCACUGGAGAGCAUCCAAUAGAUACUGUAAUGCUUUGGCACAAUGCUAUUAAAAGAGAGUUGAAUGAGAUACUUGAGGAGGCCAAGAAGAUACAUAUUUCUGAAGCAUAUGACCCAUCGGUUUUCAGUGACAAGCUACAUUUUAUUGCUGAAAUUUGCAUCUUCCACAGUGUUGCUGAGUCCAAGGUCAUAUAUCCUGCAGUAUAUGGAAAAAAUUUAUCUUUCCAGGAGCACUCAAAAGAAGAAGGUGUUUUCAAUCAGUUUAGGUGCUUGAUUGAAAGUAUACAGAAGGCAGGAACAAUCUCAUCUUCAGUUGCUGAACUUAAUUCAAAGAUAUGCUCACAUGCUGAUCAAAUCAUGGAAACUUUAAAGCAGCACUUCCAUGAUGAGGAAGUUCAGGUCCUUCCACUUGUGCGAAAGCACAUUAGCAUCACAAGACAACGGGAACUUCUGCAUCAAAUAUUGUGUGUGAUGCCCUUGAGAUUGAUUGAGAGUGCCUUGCCAUGGAUGGUAAACUCAAUGACUGCAAAUGAAGCCAGGAACUUUGUCAAAAACAUGCAGCUGGCAGCAUCAGAUAUUGCUCUGGUCCAGCUCUUUUGUGGUUGGGCUAGCAAGCCAUUUAAUGGCAGCUUCUGCUCAAGUGCAAUAGGAUGCUGUUAUGUCAAAAGGUUCGGUAAUCAUGAUGAAGAAUUUGGUCAAUCAUCACAUACCUGUGCUUCUGUAGUGUCGACUAGAGACAUCUGUUGUGCUGAAUACCAAGAGAGCAAUGCUUCCAACUCUCAUGGGUCCUGCUGUAUCCCUUGUCCAGGACUAAACAUUAACAAUCUGGGAGUUAGCUCCUUCUCUAUGGUUAAGUCAAGUAGUUCCUUGCAUCUCAACUCCAUUGCUCCAUAUCAUUCAGUCUGGGAAACAUAUAAUAGCUUUUCGGCUACUGGACUUACAGAACAGCCAAUUGAUGUUGUUUUUCAAGUUCAUAAGGCAAUACGCCGUGACUUGGAAUAUCUAGACGAUGAAUCUCAAAGACUCAGCAAUUGUGAUGAGACAUUUCUUCAGCAGUUCAUUGGAUGUUUCUGCUUGUUAAGGGGCUUAUAUAAAGCUCAUAGUGAUGCUGAUGACUAUAUAGUGUAUCCGGCAUUGGAAUCCAGAGAUGCACUUCAUAAUGUGAGUCACUCAUACACACUGGAUCACAAGCAAGAGGAACAGGCAUUUCAAAAUAUUUCGGGUGUUCUGUUUGAGCUUUCACACCUUCACGCAAGUACGAUAGGUUUUUCUAGUACCCAGUGUAGUGAGUCUACUGACCGCGUGGAAAAGUACUAUGAGUUAGCUAUCAGUGUUCAUGUAAUGUUCAAGUCACUAAGAACGAUGGUAGACCAGCAUAUGUCCAGGGAAGAGCUUGAACUAUGGCCGCUAUUUGGGAAACACUUCUCUGUGGAGGAGCAAAACAAAAUGGUUGGUUUCAUACUGGGGACUACAGGUGCUGAAGUGCUAAAAUCUAUGUUACCAUGGGUAACUUCAGCACUUACUGCGGAUGAACAGAGUAAAAUGAUGAAUAACUUCAAGCAAGUUACCAAAAAUACAAUGUUCAACGAAUGGCUUACUGAAUGCUGGAAGGAAACUUCAUUCUCAACUUCACAGACUGGAAAGCUUGAAACUAGGAUUUCUCCAAAAGGAAGCCUGCGGCGAAUUGAUCACACAUUCAAGUCUCGUAAGAAGAAUAACUUGAAGAAUCUAAUGACUAGUUACUGGAUGGCUGCUCAGCAGAGUUUACCUCGGGCCUUAGCAGAGGAUAGAUUUGACGGUGACGAUUCAGUGGGACAGUCACCAGAAUUUCGAGAUCCUGAGAAAAGAGUGUAUGGUUGUAAGCAUUACAAAAGGAACUGCAAACUCCAUGCUGCUUGCUGUGGCAGGCUGUUUACAUGUAGAUAUUGCCAUGACAUGAGCAGCGACCACACAAUUGAUUGGAAAGCAACAACAGAAAUGAUGUGUAUGCAAUGUCUUAAUAUUCAGCCAGUCGGGCCAAUAUGCUCGACGCCUUCUUGCAACGGAUUCCCAAUGGCAAAGUCUUAUUGUAGUACAUGCAAACUUUUUGAUGAUGACAGGAAUGUAUAUCAUUGUCCAUUUUGCAAUUUAUGCCGUGUUGGGAAGGGCCUCGGCAUUGAUUAUUUUCACUGCAUGACUUGCAAUUGUUGCUUGGGCAUCGGUUUGGUGAACCACAAGUGCAGGGAGAAAUGCCUAGAAACUAACUGCCCUAUCUGCAAUGAGUUCUUGUUCACAUCAACUGCAAGCAUUAGAGCUUUACCAUGUGGCCACUUUACGCAUUCAGCUUGCUUGGAGGCCUGCUCUCAGAGUCACUACAGUUGUCUAGUCUGCAGCAAAUCUUUGGGAAAUAUGACGAUGGCAUCGGCUCAGUCCUCAAUUCUGGUUGGUGGAGAUGAGACCAUGGAAUUUUCCAACUGUGAUCGAAGAGAUCAAACAAAGACUUCAUGGACUAACACAAAUCCUGAAGGAAGAUUCAUUGCCCGCGCAUGGUUUUGGGUAAAUAUGCUGUAUCAUUCAGUGUUACGGUUUGAACUCCACAAUGUGAAGCAUCCUCGGUUUCUGCAAGGAUUAAAAAGAGGGUUGGAGAAUGCAGUUGCAGGACAGAAGACCAAAGACAGGCAUUGGGGAGGAACAAGUACAACAUUUUCAUGUGGUAGAUUGUGA